CCCUGCGCCGCCCCCGUAGCCUCCUGCUGGGGCAGGGCGCUGCGGGGGGCGGGCGGCGGUUGCCAUAGCGACAUGGCCUAGGCCGGCCGGCGGCCUGCGCUCGGCCCCGGCGGGCGGGGCGCGGGUCAGCGGCGGGGGCCUGGCCGGGCGGGGCCAGGCCGGACCGGCGGCGGCUGGAGCAGGUGCGGGCCCGAGUGGGCCGGCGGGGAUGAGCCAUGGCGUCGGUGAAGGUGGCCGUGCGAGUGCGGCCCAUGAACCGCAGGGAGAAAGACCUUAAUGCAAAGUUUAUUAUUUCAAUGGAAAAAAAUAAAACUACAAUCACAAACUUAAAGGUACCAGAGGGUGGUACUGGAGACACUGGACGAGAAAGAACUAAGACAUUUACCUAUGAUUUUUCUUAUUUCUCAGCAGACAGCAAAAGUCCCAGCUUUGUCUGUCAAGAAAUGGUUUUCAAAAAUCUUGGUACAGACGUGCUUAAAUCUGCUUUUGAAGGUUAUAAUGCUUGUGUUUUUGCAUAUGGACAGACUGGAUCUGGGAAGUCCUACACCAUGAUGGGAAAUGCGGGUGAUGCAGGUUUAAUACCUCGAAUUUGUGAAGGAUUAUUCAGCAAAAUAAGUGAAAAAACAAAGCGGAAUGAAGCAUCCUUUCGAACAGAAGUCAGUUAUCUGGAAAUUUAUAAUGAACGUGUGAGAGAUCUUCUCAGACGGAAGUCAUCAAAAACUAAUAAUUUACGAAUACGAGAACAUCCGAAGGACGGGCCGUAUGUUGAGGAUUUGUCUAAACAUUUAGUGCAAAAUUAUGCUGAUGUAGAGGAACUUAUGGAUGCAGGAAAUAUAAAUAGAACAACUGCUGCAACUGGAAUGAAUGAUGUCAGUAGUAGGUCGCACGCCAUUUUCACUAUCAACUUCACUCAGGCUAAAUUUGAUUCUGAAAUGCCUUGUGAAACUGUUAGCAAGAUUCAUUUGGUAGAUCUUGCUGGAAGUGAGAGAGCAGAUGCCACUGGUGCCACCGGGGUUAGAUUAAAGGAAGGAGGGAAUAUUAACAAAUCUCUAGUUACUCUGGGAAAUGUAAUUUCUGCCUUAGCUGAUUUAUCUCAGGAUGCAACAAAUCCUCUUUCAAAGAAGAAACAAGUAUUUGUGCCUUACAGGGACUCUGUGUUGACUUGGCUGUUAAAAGAUAGCCUGGGAGGAAACUCUAAAACUAUAAUGAUUGCCACUAUUUCACCUGCUGAUGUCAAUUAUGGAGAAACUUUAAGUACACUUCGCUAUGCAAAUAGAGCCAAAAACAUCAUCAACAAACCUACUAUUAAUGAAGAUCCUAACGUCAAACUGAUCCGUGAGCUGAGAGCUGAAAUUGCCCGAUUAAAAGCCCUGCUUGCUCAAGGGAAUCAGAUUGCCCUCUUGGAUUCUCCAACAGCUUUAAGUAUGGAAGAAAAGCUUCAGCAGAAUGAAGCAAGGGUACAAGAGCUGACCAAGGAGUGGACAAACAAGUGGAACGAAACUCAAGAUAUUCUGAAAGAACAAACCUUGGCUCUGAGGAAAGAAGGGAUAGGUGUUGUGUUAGAUUCUGAACUGCCUCAUCUAAUUGGCAUUGAUGAUGAUCUUCUGAGUACUGGUAUCAUCUUGUACCACUUGAAGGAGGGCCAAACAUAUGUUGGCAGAGAAGAUGCUAUGACAGAACAAGAUAUUGUUCUUCAUGGCCUUGAUUUGGAAAGUGAGCAUUGCAUCUUCGAAAAUCUCAACGGUACUGUGAAUCUAAUACCACUGAAUGGAGCGCAGUGUUCUGUGAAUGGGAUUCAGAUUACAGAGGCCACACACCUAAACCAAGGUGCUGUUAUAUUACUUGGAAGAACCAAUAUGUUUCGCUUUAACCACCCCAAAGAAGCUGCUAAGCUAAGGGAGAAAAGAAAGAGUGGACUGCUGUCUUCCUUCAGCUUGUCUAUGACAGAUCUUUCAAAAUCUUGUGAGAACCUGUCAGCAGUUAUGCUUUAUAAUCCAGGUCUUUUCCCUGUAAAAGGACCGAUCUGUCUAAGGCUAGAAUUUGAGAGACAACAACGAGAAGAGCUUGAAAAAUUGGAAAGUAAAAGAAAACAGAUAGAAGAGAUGGAAGAGAAACAAAGAUCUGACAAAGCAGAACUUGUAAGAAUGCAGCAAGAAGUAGAGUCACAGCGCAAAGAGACAGAAAUAGUCCAGCUGCAAAUUCGAAAACAGGAAGAGAGUCUGAAACGGAGAAGCGUUCACAUUGAGAGCAGGUUAAAGGAUUUGUUGGCUGAAAAAGAAAAAUUUGAAGAAGAGAGAUUACGAGAACAACAGGAGAUAGAACUUCAAAAGAAAAAGCAGCAGGAAGAAAUUUUUGCCCGGGUCAAAGAGGAAUUGCAGCGACUACAAGAGCUUAAUCAUAAUGAAAAAGCAGAGAAAAUGAAGAUUUUCCGUGAACUAGAAAAACUUAAAAAGGAAAAAGAUGAACAAUAUAUUAAGCUGGAAUUGGAAAAAAAGAGACUUGAAGAACAAGAAAGGGAGCAGGUGAUGCUGGUGGCUCAUCUAGAAGAACAGCUUCGAGAGAAGCAGGUCAUGAUAGAGCUCCUGAAGAGAGGGGAUGUACAAAGAGCUGAAGAAGAGAAAAGAGAUCUCGAAGAUAUUAGAGAAUCUCUUUUGAAAGUCAAGGAAGCCCGAUCUGAAGGUGAUGAAAAUCAUGAAGAGCUAGAAAAAGCACAGCAUGAUUUUGUAGAAUUUAAAAGGAAACAACUGGAACAAUUGAAUAUUUUGGAAAAAGAUUUAGUCCAACAAAUGGAUCACCUGGAAAAGGAGAUAGGAGAUGAAAAAAGAGCUCUGGAACACUUAAAAUUUGCACAUGAAGAACAUUUCAGUCUCAAGAGAGAUGAUGAAAACUUUGUAGAUGCCGUACUCAAGGCUGAAGAAGUUGACAAGACAAAACCAGCAGAGUGCAGACUCCAAUCUAAAGUACGCCAGCUUGAGUACCUGAAGAGUAAUCAUUUGCCAGCUCUGCUGGAAGAAAAACAAAGAGCCUCUGAAGUCCUUGCUAGGGGCUUGUUAGGGUUAGAUAAUACUCUCUAUCAAAUAGAGAAAGAAAUAGAAGAAAAAGAAGAGCAGCUUGCCCAGUAUAGAGCUAGCACAAAUCAGCUGCAGCAGCUUCAAGAAACCUUUGAAUUUACAGCCAAUGUAGCUCGUCAGGAAGAAAAGGUUCGGAAAAAGGAGAAAGAAAUCCUUGAAUCAAGGGAAAAACAGCAGAGAGAGGCGCUGGAGCAAGCUGUUGCUAAGUUAGAAAGGAGGCACUCUGCUUUGCAACGUCGUUCAACAAUAGACUUUGAAAUUGAAGAGCAGAAGCAGAAGCUUGCCACCUUGAACAACAGCUGCAGCGAGCAGGCAGGUCUGCAGGCUAGCCUAGAAGCUGAGCAGAAAGCCCUCGAACAAGACCGGGAACGCCUGGACCAGGAAAUUCAGCAGCUGAAGCAAAAAAUAUAUGAGGGUGAUGGUGGUCAGAAAGGAAGUCAUGGAACAUUAGAAGAGAGACUCUGCCACGCCACUUCCCCUACCAGCCCAACAAAGCCACAGCCACCUGCUGCUCCACUCGUUGAUGACAGGAUAAAUGCCUUUAUAGAACAAGAAGUGCAGAGAAGGCUCCAGAAUAUUCAUCAUAAAGCUGAGGAUAAUGAUGUUAGCCUGUCGUGGUCUGCGGAAAGUUCAAAGGAUAAUGAGAGGCUUAAUAAUGGCACUGUUCAACGCAAGCUGAAGUAUGAGAAAAGUCAACAGUGGCAGCCACAUUAUGGCUUUCCAUUUAUGUCUAAAGAUGGCAAUUGUGCUUCUGAGUUGUGUGGAGAAAAUACAGGAGCAAGAAACCAUAAGAGAUGGAAGCCAUAUACAGAGAUGUGGGAUUUAUUUCCCAGUUCUGGAAGAAUCUCCUCCCCUUUUACAUCAGUGAAGGCAUUUGAGAAUGAAAGGAGUAAUUCAGAACAGGAGAGCUUUGCCUGUCAUUGUGACAUUGAAAGUAGUUUAAUUCAGUCUAAAAAUAUUAAUACUUUACAAAGUAAGAAUGUUCCUUAUCAGAAUGCGUUAUCUACUUCUUUACAAAGUCAUGACUUAAAUGAUGUGGCUUAUUCGCUCUGCAACGUUGAAAAUUUCAAUCAUUUUGAUGAUAAAAUAAUUACUUAUCCGGAUUGCGACAGCUCAAGAACUGAAUCAGAUUGUUCCCACUUGAAACAGCUGUCUCCUGUAGGAUCCUUAAUGGGUGCAAAUGAGCAGGCUGGCUCUAACAGCAUAUCGUGCCUUCUCUUUUCUCAGUCUAAUGUGUGUUCUGAAAUAGUAACUUGUAAAGAAAACAGCCCAACUAAGACAGUGCAACCGACAAUCAAAGACCAGUCUAGUAAUUCUCAGCUUCCAACACAAAAGGCCUCUGAUUCGAUUUCUUUUAAGUCAGUAUCUUCUCAUUUUGAUGCGAGACCAGGACACACCUCUGGUUUGGGAUAUCUUUUCAGUAAGCUUUCCUGCCUUUGCAAAGAUACCAGUAGUCAGCUGCUCAAAAGUACUGUGGUUUCAAAACAAAUCAAGGAGUUGGGAAGUCUGUGUGGCAGAAGUGAGAGGUGUGCACAAGCAGUAUCAUUAAUAAAAGAUCUGCCACUUAUAAGAAACUUGCAAGUAAAUGUAUUCAAGUCAGAUAUGAAUAGAGACAUGUCCCACCCUACAGAUGAUGCCAAAGCUCGUACUGAAAACGUUGUUCAGCCUGAAUCCCCUGUGCAAGAGUCUAUCAUGAUGCGUGUAAGCACAGAAGUCUCUGACGCCUAUGCGAGAAAGCCCUCUGAAGGAUUUGCAUGCUGUUGUAAAGAUGAAGAGCUGGAAAGCAGUCUUGUGUUAAGACAGAAAUUUGUGCAUUUUCCUGAACUCUUUUUGAAGCUUCAGGUCUGUUCUCUGGAAAAACUGCUGGAAUUUUUGACCUGUGCCCUACCUCAAAUUUGUAUUAGAAUGGAGGAGUUGAAAGGUAUAUAUUGGCUCGCUGUUUGCAAUUGCAGAAAACCUGAUCCACAACCUGCUUGCUUGCUUUUGUUCAGCUCUGUUCUAUAUGUUGUUGUUUCAUCAGUCAAACAAGACAUCUGCCAGAGUUCCUUGGCAAUGUUUCAUGAGGUUCCCAUCAUCACUGUAGAGGAGAUUCAAGUUGGCUUUGCUGGACAGAAUAUUAGUCUUCUGUGUUCUGCUGAAGACGGUUUACUCACAAUAUUUACCUAUAACAAACAUUUCACUCAAAGAAUUUGUCAUGACCUAAUAAGCGUUUUGAUUUCAACAACGGAUGAUGCUGUUUAUUUAUAUCACCAGCUCUUGAAAGACAAUUUGAUGCAGAUUUCACUUGACUGGACAUCAGAAGUAAAUGACUUAGUUUUUUCAAAUGGACUGCGGUUGUCCUGUAAAUUUAGAACUGAAUUGGCUGAUCUGGUUUACUUGCUUCAUGAAAAUAUGGGAAGUAUUAAACCUUCAUUAGGUGACAUUCAUGUACUACUGUAUGCCUCAGUGAAAGUAGAUUGUGCUAAUCAAGCUGUGUACAGAGUUCUUGUUCUUACAACUACUCAUAUAGGUCUCUUAAAGGAAAAUAAUGUCUUCUAUCCCACACCUAACUUUGUGGAUGCUUCGUGCCAGCAAUCACAAUUUGACAGCCUUCAGUUGUGCAGUUUGAAUGAUAUCCGAUGUGUAGUUUUGCCAGACAAAGAGGAUUUCACAAAAAUUGAACUUGUGUUUUCUAGAAGGAGCAAGGCUGGAUCUGAUUCAGGAACUGGUUUUUCUAAAUACUGUGAAAAAGAAAUAAAUACUCAACUGACAGUCAUUCCAUCAGUUCUUCAAAGAAGUUUGCAUAUUCCUUUGGAAAUCUGGAAAUUAACAUUCAGUUCAAGUGAAGAAGCCAUUUGGCUUAUUAUGCAUCUGACUAGGUGUUGAAAUCCAAAUACGUUUAGAUACAUUCAAAAUAAGACGCUAAUGAAUAUUGAUAAAAUCCUUUUUGAUAAAAUGAUUUUUUAUUACUUGACUGCUUGCUUUUUGGGGGUCUGUGAUAUGCUGUAGAUACAUUUCCUUGGGAAAGUGAGGAAAUUAAUGUUGGGUGGAUCAGAACUGUAAUUACAGCUGUGUCUUCCGAUUUCCAUUUUGGCUGUGUUUUCUGGCUCCCUCCAUCUACUAUCUGUCUUCAUUAAUGUCUUCUCCAUUCCUCCUUGAUUGCCUUUUCCUUAAUCUUUCCGAGUGUCUUUGUUUUUCAUGCUUCUCAUUUAUUUCAUGCCCUUGAUACCACUUUUUUUUUUUUUUUUUAAUUUUCAAUUCACUGUAUGCUCUUAAUACUAAGGAAUUUUACAGCUUUUAUACUUGCAAUUUUGGGAAGAAAAGCAUUGACAAUUCUUUUCUGCUUCAGAGUUUUUCAUUUAAGGAUUAUUGCCUUCCUGCAUUAGAAUUCAUCACAAGUGCAAAAGCAAUUGUGUUUGGCUUAUUCUAAGUCUGUUGGCUGAGUUACCAUGGAUUGAUGGAUUUGCCAUACCUCUUUUCUCCUGGACUUGCCCCCUUUGCCUAGGGUUAGGAGAGUGUAGCCUAGUGAAAGAGAACAAGAUCAAUGCAGAGAACAUCCAAUACUCUUUCAAAAUUUCCUUUGCCCUUCCUUUUCUUGCAGGGAAGCAACGCAUGGCUUUGUCAUUCUGAUUUAUUUUGACCAAAUAGUUAACUUGUACUCCUCCACCACAGUCUUUAUAUUCCCUUGAUGUGAGCGUUUAAGGAAAAUGUGAUGUGAAAAUGAGCCUGGUUCAAGGGUGUAAACAGAAGUUGGUUGUACUUUAAAUAGCAUUUCAACCUUUUGUCAUGCUCCUAUACCUGUGGUAAGACACGUGGUUUGGGGUUUAUCAUCUGCAUACAUGUUUUUCAUGCUGUUAAAUGGAUAGUUAGCCUGACAGAUGGAGUAAGUUUAACUGUAGGGUUCUCUCCAUGUAGUGUGGCCUGAUUUCCUCUUUUUCUGCUUGCUUACUAAUGGGGUUGUUGAUACUGUGAGACUGCAUCCCUUACAGUCUCUUUAAUAUUACAUUCCAAGAAAUAAUGGAACUGUUGAACGUUAGGAAAACAUUUCCAUUAAUUGAUGCUUGCCUUCAGCUUAGUACAAGGUUAUUCUUUACCUGUUACCCCAUCAGAUGUUCAAGUAAUAAAUAAGCUGUUGUCUCCCAUCUCUUGUUUCUUCCCUUGUAGAGGGAGCUGAAUACCUUUUGAAUCCUGUUGCUUGAAUGUGCCAUCUGCCUUGUUUGAGGAAGAUGGCCCUUGGCAGAAAAAACAGUGGUAUCUAAUCUGAAAUUCUAAAUUCUGUAAGCAUAUUGCCAGUAGAGGUGCAAUCUUCUACUAGACAGAGUUAGACUUCAGUCUCUCUACUAGUGUAAGAACAUUUUCCAUUUGUUCUUACCAUAUGUUAAAACAUGAUAAUAUAACUCACGUGGGAUUUAAAAAGAAAUAACUUGCAUUGGACGAGGAAAUUAUCUCUGGAAGGAUGAACACUGGUUUGCAUAGAGAAUUAUGGUCUUUCUUUUAUCAUGACAAAACUUUCUAGUAUCUUGAGGAAGACCAAAGAUGAGCAACAUGCGUCAUGUUAUUUUGAGGUAUGUUUUUUGUUUUUAACAAAAAAAGUACACUCAAAUAUCUCAUGGAACGUGUAGUAAACAGGGUAACUAUGAGUUGGACAUAACCUUGUCUCAGUUCAGUUCAGGAGUGGCUCCUUCGUUGACAUCCCCAAGGCGUUUCUUCUGAGCCUUGCUGAACGUCAACUUUGAGUGGCCCUAUCUGGGAGGACUCUUAAUCAAGGCUGUUAAAGGAAAGUAAUUUCUGCAACUAAUUCCUUUGCAGAUUGUACCCUAAAGUUAAAUCUGUACGUGUGUUCCCAAUAACAUGGUUUUGCUCUUCUGUGUUUGUUUUCAAAUCUAACUCAAAUAUUCUGUGCUUUUAUGGAAAAAUUACUUCAAAGCAAUGUCUUUUAUUCUACUGUAAAUUAAACAUAGAAUAGUGAUUGAUGUUUAUGAAUAUCAAAGCAUUAUUUAAUGUAUUAGGGUAUAUUUUUCACAACGCUUUCAAAAUAAUUUGAGAUUAUUUUCCUCUCUGACUAUUAGCUGUUUGUAAUAGUUAUAUGAAAAUUACCAAUAAAUUACAUGUUGAGAGAG